CAAACAUCUAAUUUAUCGAUCAACAUUGAAAAUAUAAAUAAAUUUACUUUAAACAUUCACAGGAACUUAGAAUGAGUUUGACAAAAGAAAAAACGAAAUUGUUAAAAAAACUACGCAAAUCCAGAAUUUCGAAUAUCACAUCGGAUGUUGAUCAAGAGCAGAAACAAAAUACAAUUUUACCACAACGUGUAUUUUUAUAUAUACAUCCUAAAUCCAUAUCAUACCCGGUAGAUGAUAUGCCAUCGGGUAGGGUGGAAAUUGAAGUGGAACAUCAUUAUAAUACAAUAACAACAUUGAGUGAUCGUUUUAAGCCACGAAAUGUUAUACAAGUAGACGAAUUUGAAAUUGAAAGGCCUACCUUCAGCAUCACCAUCGAACAAGACAGUUUGGACGAUAUAACAAUGUUAAGCGAUUCACCAAUUAUGCUCACCCUGUACGUUCAUACACAAAGAAUGUCAAAUGCUACAGAAAUUUCGGAGCAAGGUCCUUCAGGCCAAGAAUAUAUAGGAGAUACUUUGCUAAGUGAUGUUCGUAUACCGGUAGCUCAAGGUUUUAUCGAUAUAAUGGAACAUUUCAAUAAAAAACGUAGUCGUUGUGCUGAUACUGUGUAUUUAUAUCCUUUGAAAACGUUCGGCCAGAGUUUGACUUGCAAAACAGAAUGGGAAAUAUAUUCCUUACAUCCUCUUUUAAAAAAUAUUGUAUUUACCAAUGUCCUUUUCAUUACUCUCGGUUCUCUCUAUAAUAUCAAGGAAGAUCUCAUGGAUGAUUGCACAGAUUUAGUGGCCCAUCUAUCGUUUAUUUCGAAAAUGCCUAAUGUAAAUAAUGAAUAUGAUAAAAUAUUUAUUUGUAAAUUUACAACAUUUUCCAAAAGUAUCAUAUCCACACAAAACUUAUCCAAAACAUGGGAAUCUCUCAAGAAUUUAGAAUUUGAAAACACAAAUAGCAUGGGCAUAGUCUUUGAAUCUAAAUUAAAUUUGAAUCAAUUAUUUGUGAAUCUUUUGUCGACGGAAAAUGUGGAAUUGAAUAUGGGUAAAAUAAAUAUUACUGAAGAUUUUGCAUUAAUAUGCAAUUCAAUGCAUCGUUAUGUACUAACUGAUAUAAUGCAGAAAGCAUUAGAGGAUAUAUUGUCAAAAAAUCAAUAUCAAAUUAUUCUUGAAAUAUAUUCGAAGCAGGAUGAAAAUAAAAUUUUGAUGCAAGGUUUUAUAGAUUUGUCCAUAUUUAUGUAUCCGGAAGUAACAAACUGUUCUUUUGCCAUUGAAUUAAGACCACCUGACUAUAAAUCUAAUUCUCAAGUUUCCACCAAAGACACUGUAAAAAGUGGAAAAAGUAAAAGGAAGAGUAAAAAUGAAUCACAUUCUCAAGAGCAACCUAUUAAAGAAAAUAAAAUACCAUUUGCUAUUAUACAAAUAUGUUUAAAUACACCGAUUACAAAUCCUACUCAAGAUAUGAACGAAAGUUCUAAUCACAAAAAACAGCGUCGCAAAUAUGGACAAUGUACGGCAUCAAUAUUAACGAAACCUAACCAAAGCAAUUUACCCACCAAGUGUGAACAAAAUUACAGAGCAUUUGAUGAUUUAGUACGUGAAAUAUUGGAUUAUAUUAUUAUAAAUAAUAUUAAAACUAUGAAUGAUGAUAAGGAAUUCUUUUGCCAUCAGUUGAGCAAUACAACUAAUAAAAUAAUGAAAUUGCUAGCAUGUGAUUUCAAUAUUAAAGUACCAACAAAAACUAAUAUUGAAUUUACGAACCUUGUCACAACCGUUUAUCGUGAAUUGAUAUCUCGCAUUUAUGGUUAUUUAAAUAAAUGCAGCCGCAAUGCUUUGAAAAAUUGUGCCUUUACAAUCACGACAGUGCAACAUUUUAUUCUAACAAAUAUAACAAUGGCCAAAUAUUUGUACGAAGUUGGAAACUUAGAAAUGGCCAAUUUUAUUAUGAAUAAUCUGCGUGUAGAAUAUCCUAACAAUUCAAUGUUGGACUUUUAUAUAUUACUAUAUGAUAUUGAAAGAGGAAACCUAGAAUUGGUUAAAGAAUAUUUGGAAAAACCUCUGGAUGAUAAAGACAUGGAGGGUGAAUUAUUUACAGGACUAAUUAAAAUUUAUAUUAACUAUAAACUGCAAUUACAAGAUCCUGAGCAUACUCAAACGGCUGAUGAAGAUCUUAUAAAUGCUCUAACCAAAUACAACAUGAGUCAUAGUCCAAAAUCACUUACGGGCUGGAUAUUAUUAUAUUGUCUGUAUAAACGAUAUAAUUACCAACCAGGCAUGGCAUAUUGCCGUUGGAAAUAUGAAAAUCUCUAUGAAAGUUUGUUUGUUAAAUUAGAAUUUAUUCCAAAAAGUCUUUGGGAAAUAUAUAUGCCACAUAAAAUCAGUUUAAAGUCGUUAAAAGGUCAAAACUAUAUUAAAGUUUUUGAUAAAUUGCUGCGUUUGGGUUUAUAUAAUUUUGCUGAAUGGGUUUUCAAAGAAAUAGCCGAUGAAUGUAUGGAUAUUGAAAUAUAUUUUGUCUCAAGCACAUUUAUGAUUUUACACAAUAAGAAUCAGGAGCAUAUGACGAUAAAAACAUUUACAGUGGAUGAUAAACUUGCAAAUUUCUUACAGAUGCGUGCUACAUUAUCUCUAGUUAAUGGUAAUUUGGAACAUCUACGAGAUGCUAAUGGUCCAGCCUCUAUUAAACACUAUCAGAACAUUAUUGAAAUUAAAGAGUUGGAUAACUUUAAUCCUUAUCAACUAGGUUUAUUUCGCUAUGCAUAUAAAAUGAUGGAGGAGGAGAUGUAUGAGGAAGCUAGUCAGAUUUUUCUAUAUUUUUGUGAUGAUAAUAAUAAUUGUAUAGUAGCAUCUGUUGGCAGAGGAAAAGCUUGCUAUUAUCUUGGCCAAUUAGAAGAAGCCGAAAAAUACUUUGCCUUAAGUACUAAAUAUGGCAUGUACAUGCCAAAUAUCUGGGCGUAUCUGGCAUUAAUUAACUUGAAAAGAGGCAACAAUUAUAAUGCUCUAGAAUGUUGGAAAUAUGCAAGAUUAAAUCAAAAUACUGAAAUUCACAUAGAUAUUAUAAAUGAAUUAAAUAAAAUUAAUUGUAGCGAUGUCUUUCUAUAUGUGGAUGUUCCUAAUAAAAUAUGA